CCUAGCCCAGCUUCUAGGACAAUGCCAUUUCCAGCUCCAGGGUGACAGUAAUCCACUCAAGGUAACUGAUCCAUGAAGUGUCCGUGUGGAUGCCUCAUGAAUUGGUACCUACACUGUCAUAAAACUAAUAAAUGUGUAGCCAAACCCUAAUUUAGAGGAACUUGGGGUGACCUCAGUUACUGUAAUUACCCUAAAACGGUCCCUAUGGCAACCCUGCCCCCAUAUGGUAGGGCAACACUAAAUCAUAUCAACAGAAUAUACCUAAGGCUAACCCAUGGGUAACUGUAACUUAAUCCUAAACUCAGUCUUUUAUGUUGCUGGAAAUGAGACUCUCAGAGUUUUCCUCGCCUUUAUCCACAGGUAAAUCCCAGCUCAACUCCUAUGGCAACCAUAAACAUAAUCUCAACGCUAACCCUAAAUUUCAUCCCUGGAACAACCCUGUCCAUGACUUCUGGCUGUGACCUCUGUCCAUGACCCCAGCCUCACCGGGCUGGUGAGAUAGGUGCUAGCAUCCUCCAAGAAUUGUCUUUGGCUUUUGGCCCAAUACUUUGCUAAUUACUGCAAAAACCUCCCACGCUUACCGGACACACUUGAUGAGCCAGUUGGCCGUCCUCCUGCCGGCGGGAAUAAAAGGCUGGUGUUGGCAGUCCUGGUAGACAGAGAGUUCGAGGCAAAGAGCUAAAGUCGCUUUGGCACUUCUUCGCAGGGACUGCAGUAUGACAAAGUCAAUUCUCUUCUUUGGCUUUCUUCUUGUCUUCCUUGGCCUGACUCUGCCAGGCACCCAGGGAAGAAGGAUUCCCCGAUGUGAGCUGGUGAAGAUCCUACGCAACCGUAGCUUUGAGGGCUUCGUUGGCAAAACUGUAGCUGACUGGGUCUGCCUGGUGCAACAUGAGAGCAAUUAUGACACCCAUGCUUUUAAUGACAACGGGGGUAAGAGCCGGGACUACGGAAUCUUUCAGAUCAACAGCAAGUACUGGUGUGAUGAUGGCAGAACCCCUGGAACUUCAAAUACCUGUCGUAUCAAUUGCUCAAAAUUUCAAGAUGAUAACAUUGAAGAUGAUAUUCGGUGUGCCAAGAUAAUUGCUAAAGAGGCUCGUGGCCUCACACCCUGGGUUGCCUGGAAAAAACACUGCAAAGGCAAAAAGCUGGAUUCCUAUGUCAAGGGUUGCUAAUUGACUCUGCGAGCAGCGGCUGUGUUCUCAGGAUGACCAACGGUGAAGAGUGAGGUUGUGUAGAGAGCGACUAGGAAAAUGGAUGGGUGCAGGGAAUUAAACGCAGCGUAAGGUAGAUGGGUUGCUGGCUAUCGCUAAUACAAUGAGGCUUUGUGCUAAUACAAUGCAAGUAGGGAAUUUAAAGGCUGAUGGCGUAGUAGAAAUGAAACUUAGUGGAAGUGAGAGCAUUACAGGUGGAUUUUCAGCGAUUUACUUGCAUAGUCCUGUCUCAAGAUUUUGUUGUCCUGAGUGAUGACCAUUUAGGUGUUCUCUCUGUUCCCCUAUCUUUCUCUCUCCUCCUUCCUUCCUUCCUUCUUCCCACCCUUUCCCCCUCCAUCCCUUAUCUUCUUUCAUUCUUUUCUUCCUUCUUAUCCGAGAUGAAGAAAAUAAGAUCAUUAACGAAUGCUGCAUUAGUUACAAGGCCUGCAUAAUGGCAGUUGCCUUGUAUCUAGGGCAGUCCCUGGCUGAUGUGGGAAGUACAGAGACAGAGAACUGCACUGAAACAGAACCUUGUCCUUAAAUUUGUCCUGAACAUCUGCUCCCAGCUGAUGUGGGAGAUAGGGCACUGAAGUGUAUGGACAUCUGGUCUGGCUGAAUAUGGCUUUUCUUACUAUCUUUUGAGGUGUCAGAUCAAAUACAGUGUAGAAAAGAUGCAGGGAGUUCCUGUCUCAGUGAGGAAAUAAAGGAUGGGAAAGCCAAUUAGGGCAGGGAAAUGUUUUGCCAUUUAGAUCACAAGUAAUUUUUCCAAAUGAAUGCUGAAUCCAGGAACUGCACAAAUGGAAGGGGACAACACUUCAGCCUUCAGCCACGCUUGCUUCUUUGCAUGCUUUGUUCUGCUGCUUGGUGAGCAGUGACUGCUUUUAUGUUUAGACAAUAAAGAGAUGCUUU